CAGCUUACGUGGCGUCGACAAAGCAGGCCUCGGCACCAUAGCGCCCUCCGGCGUCCCGCUGCGUCGCUGCUGGUGUGUGAUGUUGGCGGAAUGUUUGAGCCUGGCUCGUCCCAUUGAAGAGCCAGGUGUUGGGGGCCAAGGUCCACGUCCAGCUCCAUCUUAUCUGCUGCAGGCUUUUGAACACAUCAGCACUGGCAAGGAGCACAGCCAUUUUAACCUCACGAGCCAGCGAGCGAGGCCAACGCCAGUCGCGUUUGGACGUCUGCUGUUUGUCUGCAGAAGUUGACAAUGAAGAGCAGCCUUGUUUUCACGCUGUUGCUUCCUCUUCUUCUUCUUCUUCUCCUCGCCGCCUUUCCUGGUGGGUUUGUGCGAGGCGACGACUAUGCAGCGGAGGAUCUGCAGGUAGAAACCCUGGCCAAACCCGAAACUUGCUCAGUACUUUCCAGUAUGGGGGACACGUUGCACAUCCACUACACGGGUAAACUGAUGGACGGCAAGGUGAUCGACUCCUCGCUAUCCCGGGACCCUCUUGUGGUUGAGUUGGGGAAAAGGACGGUCAUUGCUGGUCUGGAGCAGAGCCUGAUCGGCGUGUGUGAAGGGCAAAAAAUUAAAGCCACUAUUCCGUCUCACCUUGCAUAUGGGAAAAAAGGUUACCCUCCUACGAUUCCAGGCGACGCUUCCCUUGAGUUUGAGGUGGAGGUGAUCUCGCUGAGGCAGCAGACGCCUUGGCAGAAGAUGGUGAACGACGUGUUCCCCCUGGUAUGCUUGGCCCUGGUGCCCACCCUGCUGGGCCUGGUGGGCCUCUACCUCUACAACAAAGCCAAAGACCAGAAACCCAGCAAAAAGAAGGCAAAGGACAAGAAGAGCAAGAAGAAAUAAGGACCAGGCAAAGAACUAUUUAAAUAAAUUUUUAAAAA